CGACAACCAACCCCGACACCCAAGUACGACAGCCUCUCUUCUCAACCCCCAAACUUCUGGCUAACAUUCUCUGACUCGGCUUUACAGAGAAAUCCGUCAAAAUGGUCAAGAAGAGGGCUAACAACGGUCGCAACAAGAACGGCCGCGGCCACGUCAAGCCCGUGCGCUGCUCCAACUGCGCCCGCUGCACUCCCAAGGACAAGGCCAUCAAGAGAUUCACCAUCCGCAACAUGGUUGAGUCCGCUGCCAUCCGUGAUAUCUCCGACGCCUCCGUCUUCACCGACUACGCCGUCCCCAAGAUGUACCUCAAGCUGCAGUACUGCGUCUCGUGCGCUAUCCACGGCAAGAUCGUUCGUGUCCGCUCCCGGGAAGGUCGCCGCAACCGUGCCCCUCCCCCUCGCAUCAGGUACAACAAGGACGGCAAGAAGCUGAACCCCCCUCAGGCCGCUAAGGCUCUCUAAGGAAGUUCCGGAAAAAAUGGAAUUAGUUUAAACGACAUUGAAUGUUACACUUCCCUUUUUCUGUGACCAGACUCUUACUCGGUUCAAUCGAAAUGAAUGGAUUUCGCUUUCGGGGUUGAAAAGGGUUUAAUUAGUCUCGGGGUAUGGGACUCAAUAAGACAAUACCAAAAAUGACGAUAAAGAUCAUGUUGCAGUCUAAUGUUUCUAAACCCGUACGCAAGGCCUGGCGUACAUGAAAGCACUCGUUCUCGAAUGUUUCCCUGGUAAUUUAAGCCAUUUGCACAUGAUAGUGUGCCUAGUUCCAAGUGUCCAAGAUUGGAGUUUCUCCUCUUGA